CAGCGGAAGCACGUGUGGUGGUGAGCGGCUGCUCGGUGGUAUGAUCUCCCCGGGUGCCCGGUGCAUUUCCCGGGGGCACGCCUGGUGUCGCACUGAUUGAGCAGUGUUUGUACCCGUAUAUGAUACUAUGUCUCAGGACUCCUAUCACCCGCCGGCCAAGAAGUUCAAGCCGGGCUCCCCUCAUUCCAAUCACAGCUGGAGAGGAGCCAUGCAACCCGGCCCCAGAAAGCAGCCGGUGCCCAUAGAGCAGCAGCGACGUAGUCUGCCCAUCUACCAGGCCCGGGCGCAGCUGAUAGGCCAGCUCCGGCAGCUGGAGAGCGCUGUCAUCAUCGGUGAAACUGGUUCUGGCAAGACGACUCAGAUUCCACAGUACCUGUAUGAAGCCAGCAUAGGGCGCCAGGGCAUCAUUGGAGUGACCCAGCCUCGCAGAGUUGCUGCUAUAUCUCUGGCAACAAGAGUAUCAGAAGAGAGAAAGACUGAGCUCAGUAAACUGGUGGGUUACACUGUACGUUUUGAAGAUGUUACAUCCGAAGAGACCAAAAUAAAGUUCCUCACUGAUGGUAUGCUGCUUCGUGAGGCAAUAGGAGACCCACUUCUGCGCAGGUAUAGUGUGGUCAUCCUGGAUGAGGCUCAUGAGAGGACAGUGCACACUGAUGUUCUGUUUGGAGUUGUCAAAACGGCGCAAAAAAAGAGAAAGGAGCUUGGAAAGUUACCGUUAAAGGUUAUCAUCAUGUCAGCCACAAUGGAUGUGGAUCUCUUUUCUCAAUAUUUCAAUGGAGCCCCAGUUCUUUACUUGGAAGGUCGACAGCAUCCUAUCCAGGUUUUCUAUACCAAGCAACCUCAAAGUGAUUAUCUUCAAGCUGCCCUGGUUACAGUUUUUCAAAUCCAUCAGGAGGCACCAGCAUCUCAUGACAUUCUAGUGUUCCUGACUGGUCAGGAAGAAAUUGAGGCAAUGACAAAGACAUGCAGAGACAUAGCAAAACACCUCCCAGAUGGCUGUCCCCAGAUGACUGUAAUGCCACUUUAUGCCUCUCUACCACAUUUUCAACAGCUACGUGUAUUCCAAAAUGCCCCAAAGGAUCAUCGCAAGGUUAUUCUUUCGACCAAUAUUGCUGAGACUUCCAUCACCAUAACAGGGAUCAAAUAUGUAAUAGAUACUGGCAUGGUGAAAGCAAAGAAGUAUAACCCUGAAAGUGGUCUUGAGGUUCUGGCAGUGCAGCGGGUAUCCAAAGCCCAGGCAUGGCAAAGAACUGGAAGAGCAGGUAGAGAAGAUAGUGGCAUAUGUUACAGACUCUACACUGAGGAUGAGUUUGAGAAGCUUGAGAAAAUGACCAUACCAGAGAUACAGAGGUGUAAUCUGACCAGCGUGGUGCUGCAGCUUCUUGUCUUGAGAGUCCCUAACAUCCUCACCUUUGAUUUUGUAUCAAAACCCUCACCAGAUUCCAUACAGGCUGCCAUUGAGCAGUUGGAUCUGCUUGGUGCUGUGGAAAGAAAGGAAGAUCAGAUCAUUCUUACACCGUUAGGGAAGAAAAUGGCUGCUUUUCCUUUGGAGCCUAAGUUUUCAAAGACUAUCCUCAUUUCCCCAAAAUUCCACUGUACAGAGGAGAUCCUGACUAUUUUAGCACUGUUGUCUGUGGACAGUGUUCUUCAUAAUCCAGCUGCCAAACGAGAUGAAGUACAAGCAGCACGCAAGAAGUUCAUUUCUAGUGAGGGCGAUCAUAUCACCUUACUCAACAUCCACCGAGCAUUCAAAAACCUGGGUAAAAAUAAGGAGUGGUGCAGAGAGAAUUUUAUUAACGGCAGAAAUAUGGUGCUGGUUUCAGAGGUCCGUGCUCAGCUCAGAGACAUUUGUAUAAAGAUGUCAAUGCCAAUAGAGUCCUCAAGAACAGAUACGCGCAAUAUCCGGCAGUGCUUAGCUCAUGGCCUGUUUAUGAAUGCAGCAGAGCUUCAACCCGAUGGAACGUACACCACUGUUGAGACGCACCAACCUGUGUCUAUACACCCCUCAUCCGUUCUUUUCCACUGCAAGCCAGCGUGUGUCAUUUACAAUGAACUUCUUCAUACUUCCAAGUGCUAUAUGAGAGACUUGUGUGUUGUGGAUGCCGACUGGCUGUUUGAGGCAGCACCAGAAUAUUUCAGGAGGAAAUUAAAAUCUGCAAAGAACUGAAAAGCAACUCUAUUGCGUUUUAUUGUGUGCUAAAUGGGAUUUUGCUACAGUGGUCUACCACUGCUUAAUUAUGUACCUAUUCCUAUAGGAACUGGACUGACAGAUUAUGUUAUAAAAAUGUUUUUUAUAUUCUUAUUCUAAAGGGUUAACAUUCAACUUUCAGGUUAAUCUUAUCUUUUUGGCUGCUGGACAAAUCAUCCAUAUAGCUGACCUCAACCUUUGGACAUUUUUGGGCUAGGACCACAUGCUGAUACUGGCUGGCAUGCCUGUCAUUGACUAGAGAUUGCUGUGUACCAGUGCAGAGAUUGGAUUGAAAGGUGCUUUGACUCCAAAAUAACAAAAAAUUCCAAUACUGCAGGAUUUUUUGCGUUUUUUGGACUCAGUCAGGCUACCUUAUCACUUGCGCUGUUAUCCAAUUCAGUGGCUGAACUGUUACACAAUGAUGUUUUGUCGUGCGAUGUGUCAUUCCCAAGAGCACCAUGUAUUCCCAGUCUUACUUUACACCUCAUUUAGAUCUAUGUAAUGUUGAGUGUAGCUGACCAUACACAUUAGAUGAAUAAGGACAAGCCAACCAUCUAAUGUGUAUGGGGUGUUUUGGAUUCUCAAACCUUGUUCAUCAGAUGGUUUAACCUUGUGUACACUUUGUGCUGAUGCUUUAGUUUGCUCUUCUCUUGGUGACAUGUUCCUUCAGUUGCUGAGACCCAAGUGAUCAACCUUGGCGAUGAGCAUCCCUUAAUUUCUAUAUGGAUGUAUUUGUUACUAUCUGCAAUGUACAGUCAGAGGGAGAAGUGUUGCCAUCCUUUAGAAGAAAUAAAAUCCAAGAGGGAGAUGGCACUUCAUUGUCCCGGUGGGAUCUGCUAUCAGUAAACACCUCUCACAUAGAGCCAUAAUCUGCAGGAUGAAACAACUUGCCUUUAUUAUAUUGUCUCUGUAAAUAUAGUUUUAUGUCUGAUACAAUUUCUCAGAACAUGUCUCUUAUAGUUAAAGGGAUAUGCCUUGUACAGGGUCGGAAGAGGUUGGUGCAUGACUUCUGCCUUUGGAGUUUGGCUCAUGAAGAAGGCAUAACAUAGAGUAUUUUUUCCAGGAGGAUUAAUUUUAAGAACUCCAGUAAAGAAGCUGAAGCCAUAGAUUAGGCAGAAUUAAGGGACUGAUGAGUGCCUGAAACUCAUGCUUGGAUAAAGUAGAGUUCCCCUUCCACCUCUCUUUCCUGUAGUAUUUUUGUCUUUAUCAUGCUGUUAUCCAUAGUAGAAUACUGAAUAUUAGCAGGCAUAAGUAUUAAAGCCAAUAGCCAAUACAAACUGCAAAUAUAAAGUCAGCACUGCAUGGCAUGUUAGAGUAGAAGAUAUAAUGAGGAUGCUGUGAUAGGCAAUACGUCAUAGCAUGUAAUAUGCCUUAUAACUUCUUUUCCACAUUCUUCAGUAUCCAUCAGGUUCAAAGGCCUGCCUUCCACCAUGGCAGGUAUACAGCCACCCUUUUACGUCUGGGCAAUACAAUAGACUAUUUUUAAGAAGUGUUUGUAAAGUGAGAAUGUGUGCCUUUUAAUGAUCAAGCCGAUGAUUUUAACAAAGGUUGCUCAGGGAUGUGCACCAUGGGAUUCUCUGAGGGUCUUAAAACACAGGAGUCUCAUUUGUAGGUUUCCGUUUGUCAGCUGAUGGUUUCACACGCGUUUUUUGUUUUUUUAAAAAGAAAAAUGCCCUUUUUUUCCUGACAGUUUUUCAUGCAGUCUUUAGAGCAAAAGUCAAAGUGGAUUCAAAAGGAAAUAUAAAGAAAGGAUUUAUACGUCUCCUUCUUGAAGAUUGGAGUUGAUGCAGUGUACUUCUUCUUGCCAGAUCCAUUUGUGGCUUUGACUCAAAAAACUACAUCAAAACUGCAGAGGUUUGAAAAAAACUGUGAAACCACCCAUCUGACAUUUGUAAUUGACAUGAUGUCAGCCUUGGAUUAUGCCAAGCUUCAUAUUUUUUAAUAUUUUUUUUAAAUUGAUGGCCUAUCCAAUUGGCGGGGCGGGCAAACUCCUGGCACCCAUGCCGAUAAGCUUUUUUGAAGAGACCACAUCACUCAUACAAGUACUGGCUUCUUUUAAUUGUUUGCAACAGCAGCGUCAUUCACCUCAAUGGGACAGAGAAGUUCCAUUGAAGUGAAUGGGACAGAGAAGUUCCAUUGAAGUGAAUGGGACAGAGAAGUUCCAUUGAAGUGAAUGGGACAGAGAAGUUCCAUUGAAGUGAAUGGGACAGAGAAGUUCCAUUGAAGUGAAUGGGACAGAGAAGUUCCAUUGAAGUGAAUGGGACAGAGAAGUUCCAUUGAAGUGAAUGGGACAGAGAAGCUGCAGUUGCGACAGCCAGCAGAUAAACAAUUAAGAGAAGGUUGCCUCAUAUAAGCGCUGCAAUCUUUUCAAACGGCUGAUCGCGGGGGGGAAGCCUGGAGUAGGCCCCCCCCCCCCCCCCUACUUUUGAG